CCUCGCUCCUCUCCCACCAGGCCACCUCGAGGCGCUCUCGUUCCGAGGGGACCUCCCGGGCCUACUGGACCGCCUUGUUGGCUCUCUGGCCUUGUGCCGUGGCAUCAUAGCCGUAGCUGGUCUCUGGUGGCGCCCGAUCCGCCUCAAGCUCGCUGCUGCCAUGGGCGAGAGUCCUGAUGGCCAGGCCGAGGAAGAGGCCGCUUGGGUUCGCAGAACGCCACCACGAGGUCACUUUGCAAAGAUCCUGCAGCUUAUCGCACAAAGCGGUCUGGGCGAGCCAGCAAAAGACGCGUGCGGCCGUGUCUUAGGGCUACUGCAGCAAAUGGCGGACGACCAAGCCAGCCUAACCACGCAGUAUUUCGAGCAAUCUGCCUCUGUACAAAGAUGGUUAGUUAUGCUGCCUGUCGAGUUCUCAGAUCUGCUCACCCAGCGCAGGCCGGAGGCGCUCGUUAUUCUAGCCGGGUUCGGACUGGUCGUGCAUAAUACGAGGGGUUACUGGGAUUAUGGAAACUCGGGGCGCGACCUCGUCGAAUCCAUCGAUCGUUAUUUAGGCCCCUACUGACAUCCAAUGCUGGAACCGAUCCUGCAGGCAGUGAAGGGAUGAUUCCCCAAAGAGUGGACACCAGAACUGGUAGUAUUCUAGAAGCUAGAGUACAUAUCUCCAUUGUUUUGUUAAA